AUGGUUUUUGAAAGUGUGGUAGCCGAAAUUCUAAACCGUGUGUUGGGCAAUUUUGUUAACAAUCUUGAUGCAUCACAGCUAAAUAUUGGUAUAUGGGGUGGUGAUGUAAAAUUAACAAAUUUGGAAGUGAAGGAAACAGCAUUGGAUGAUUUCGAUCUACCAGUAAAAUUAAAAUUCGGCUGCCUUACAAGACUUGUUUUGAAAAUCCCGUGGAGUGAUCUAUAUCGUCAGCCAGUUAUUGCUGAUAUUGAAGGCUUAAAUUUAAUUGUUGUGCCAAACAAAGGCGUCGUGUAUAAUGAAGAAAAAGUAAAGAAGCAUGAGAAAGAGGAAAAGGACAAGGCACUUGCAAGACUUGAAGAAAACAGAAGGCGAAGAAGGAAGCCGCCAGAUCUCGCUUCUGAUUCAUUCGCGGAGAAAUUUGUUGCUACAGUAAUCAAGAAUUUACAAGUAAAAGUUCGUAAUAUACAUAUUCGCUACGAGGAUAAGUAUUCGCAUCGUAGUCGUCCAUUUGUAGUUGGUGCUACUCUUGAAGGAAUAGAUUUCAAGACUACCGAUGAAAACUGGAAUGAAACUAUACAUAAAGAGGUUGUGAAAAUUGUUUACAAAUUGGUAUCAUUAAAAAAUCUUGCAAUUUAUUGGAAUUCUGAUUCUGAAUUAGUGUCUGACUUAACUGAUAAUGCUGCCAUUUCGCAAGCAAUGAAUGAUGCUAUUAUAAUUGGCAACAAAAAGCCAUCUGGAUACAAGUACAUGCUGGAACCAAUUAACAUGCAAGCAAAGCUUGCAUUAAAUCAGAAGCCUGAAACAGAUAAUUCUAAUUGGACGAUACCGAAGAUCAAACUUAUUCUGGAUGUGGAUACAUUGGCUGUUGCAGUUGGCAAAUUUCAAUAUCAAGAUCUAUUAUUGCUGUUGGAAGCACAAGAAAGAUUCAGAACUGCUGCGCAGUAUCUGAAGUAUCGUCCACAUUUGAAUAACUACAAGGGUCAUUACAGAAAAUGGUGGCACUUUGCUUACAAUGCAACUGUUGAGGAAAUUGUUAGAAGGCGGAGGAAUAAUUGGAAUUGGGAGAGAAUGAAGAAGCAUCGGGAAUCAGUUAAAGCUUAUAAAGAUGCUUGGUUGAAAAAACAAACUGAGAAAAACCUUAGCAGCAAAAAUCGAAAUAUUAUUGAGGAAACCGAAGAGCAUCUUGAUGUGUUUAACUUGAAUAUUGCUCGGCAACAAGCUGAUAUGGAAAUCGAUAGGCGCGGCUUGAAGAGAUUAGAGGAUCAACCACAAGGAUGGAUAAGUUUGGCUAAAAGCUGGUGGAGUGGUGGCGGUGAUGUGAAAGAAAAAGAGAGAAGUGUAGCACAGUCAUCAGGUGAUAUUAUGACAAAGUUUGAGGAAGCCUUGACUGUAGAGGAAAAGGCUAAAUUGUUUGAUGCUAUUGAUUAUCAGGAAAACACCCCCCCAACUGAUUACCCGAAAUACUUCGUGGAAAAUGUUGUCAUCGCCAAUUUGAACCUACUUAUGGUUGUAAUCGAAAAUGCUUUAACAUUAAAGUUCUCUAUAAUUACCACAAGGAUAGAACAUCGAGCAUCAGCUCAAGCUAUCAACCUUGAAAGUGGUAUAAAAAAGGUAGCAAUGGAUGGCUGUGGACAACAGGUUUUGUUCGUACAAGAUGAUUCCAUUGAUUGGUUAACAGUGCUUGUGGAAACUAAUCCGUUGGAUCGUGAUAAAGUUGGAUAUGACCAGUAUAUCAAGGUUGCUUUAGCACCAACGGUUAUGAAAUACCAUGCACCAGCUAUUAACACUGCUGUCGAAGCAUUAAGACCUCCUGAAAGUGUGCGGCUGAAUCAAUUAACGGCAGCAGCAAUGGCGCGUUACGAAGAUGUUAAAGCACGUUCGCUUACCGGGUUGGCUCAUGUUGUGGAUACUAGGACGAAAUUAGUACUUGAUAUACGAAUUGCACCUCUGACAAUCGUCAUCUCAGAAAAUGGAAUAUUCAAUAAGGAAAAGCAAAAUUUGAUUGCAGAUCUUGGUUUGCUUACAAUAACUACAGUGGAAAAUGAUUCAUUUGUGGAAACAUCGAUGCUUGGUAAUGAAGAAGCAGAACGCCGAGCAAAGUUGCUUAACCGUGCAUACGAUAAAUUUUCUGUGAAGUUAACCGGUGUACAGUUGAUAUUUUCGGACAGCUAUCAAAGUGGCAUGGAUGCAAAAUUGGAACCUAAAUCGAAUUUCCAUUUGUUACAACCAACUGGAUUGAAUGUCGCUUUUCAUAAGUCAUCCAUCGACGACUUACAGUUACCCAAGAUAAAAAUAAUGGGUGAAUUGCCUGAUAUUAUCAUAUCGAUCUCAGAUGAACGUUUACUGGAACUUGUAAAAUUGAUAUUGAGCAUUCCGACUCCUGCUCCCGAAAAGGAAAUCAAUGCUUUGGGUACAGCUUUUCCUCCAGCUGAGUUUGAGAAAGCAAGAAUCAGAGAUUUGGCAACGAUGCACGCCAUCAUGGAGGCCAGUGAAAUCUCAGAAGCUGAAGAACACCUGGAAAUAAAGAAGAAAGAUCUGCAGAAGCAAGAAGAGAAGAAAACUGAUAUGCAGCAAGUCCAAUUGGAAGUUAAUCUCACAUUGAAACAGGUCCAAAUUGUCAUUGGCACUCCGGAUGCAGUAUUUUUGUCCGUACAAAUUAGAUGUUUGGGUUGUGGUUUGCAGAUGCGUACAUUCGAUAUGGUUGCAAUGGCUUAUGUAGGUGAUUUAACAAUCGAGCAACCGCAAUAUAAAAGUUUGAUUCCCGGACAUGACACGUUAUUUAUUAUUGGCAGUGCUUAUAAUGACACUGAGCAAAAUUUGCUUCAGUUCAAGUAUGUGCAGGCAAAUAAGGAAAGCCCGUUCUUCGCAACAGAGUAUAAUUCUACAGAGCAAGCGAUCGAUAUUUCUUUCAAAGCAAUGACUGUAUCGCUUCACCAGGAUGCCAUAAUUAGUCUGAAAAAAUAUUUUGAAACGCUUCAAGCAAAGAUUGCUGAAUUGCAAAAUCAAGGGAAAUCGGCACAAAAUCAAGGUUAUGAAGGUGAUGCCGAAAUAUCUAUCGAUGAUAUCUUAACACCCCACGAGAAGAAAAUGAUAGUUUCGCAUUCUUCAAGUCAACAAAGCUUGGCUAGACCAUUCGCUUUCGAAUCGUUAAAAUUAAGUCAUGCAAGGCGUGAACGAGAACUAGCACAAACGCGAUAUGAUUUCAUUGUCAAAAUGAGUAUAAAUGCUGUUUUUGAUGCCCUAUCGGUCUAUGUUGGUUCAACAAAAUGCUUGGAUACGGCUUUAAGCAUCAAUGUUGUGAAGGUCGCUAUAACAAUGCGUGUGAGAACAAUAGAGGUGGAAGGUGGAGUCAAAACGAUAGCAAUGGAAGAUCGGACUGGAACAACAAUCCAUAAACAGUUGCUGGCUCUUUGUGAAGAAGGCAAAGAGAUGGUGUCAUUUACUUUCAAGCAGUACAAUCGUACAGACGCUGAAAAGAAACAUAUGCAACCCUCUGAUCUCGAUUUCUUUAUUAAGGGACAUUUUGCCCGUAUUCGUUUCGUUCUUCUUUUUCUUUGGCUUGAAAGAAUGAAGCGUUUUGCUGUUCCAUUCCAAGCUGAGGCUGCGCAGGUUGCAGCACAGGCGCAAUCAUAUGCAUCUGAAAAGGCAUCACAGGCUGCACGAAAGAUUAAACAUCUUAUGGAAGAGUCACCUUUGAGGAUUGGUUUGAAUAUUGAACUUGCAGCACCGACAAUUUUGGUACCAAAAAGCUCUAUGUCGCUGAAUGCCCUCUUUAUUGAUUUUGGCAAGCUUACUGCUAUUAAUUCAAUCUCAGCAGCGCAGAAUGAACGCAGAGCAAUUAUUGAUUCAAUGCAAAUCAAUUUAACUGAUGUCUGCUUUGGCAUCUCAUUUCUUUCGGAAGAAAAUGUAGAAGUGUUAUCAACGUGUCAAAUUUUAAAGCCAAUCACAUUUUCAUUAUUAGUUUACCGAAAUUUGUCUUUUGAAUGGUACAAAACAGCCCCACAGGUGCUCGUUGAUGCUCACUUGCCUAUUAUCGAAAUGGGCAUGACAGAAGAAGAUUAUGCGACAAUCUUGAAAACACUAAGUGGCAACUUGGCGGAAGGAAGCGAAUUAUCAUCGGAGCCAUCACCAUCUGUAAAUCGUUUAACCCGGCGGGAAAGAAAUGCUGCUGAGAGAAGGCAGGAAUCCACUGAAAAAGCUGUAUCAGAAAGUGGUGGGAGUCCAAUGAACGAUUCUAAGGCGAAAUCUCUUGUUUUCAGUUUCAAAUUGGAUGAAAUUGCUGCACUCUUAUAUCGUGGUUCCUCAAAUUUGGAGGAUUCAAAGGGUGAAAUCGCUCGGAAAACGACAGCAGGUUUUGCAGCAGUGAGAUUGAAAAAAAUUAAAUUGAGUGGUUCAAGAGCGGAAAAUGGUGAAUUGGAUAUUGCUGUUAGCUUGGAGGUAUUUGUCAUGGAUGAUGAAAGAAACGAAAAAAUCAAAACACGUCGACUACUGGAUAAAAAGCCUGAUAGCGCUGGAAAAAUUCAGAAGGAGUUUGUCGUUGCUCGUUACCAGACUACUGCAACAGGAGACAAAAUCAUUGCUUUCUCAUCGUCGGCUUUUUUCCUGCGCCUUUCCCCAGAAUUUCUAGGAGCACUAAUGAACUUUUUUACGGUGAGAAAAACACCUGAGGAAUUAGCAAGAGAGGUUGAAAAAGUGAAUAUUCCAAAUAUUAUGCAAAAUAAGGAAAAAGUAGAAACGAUUCCAUCAAGAGGUACGGUGACGAUGAAUUGUAUAAUGCAUGAAGUAGAAAUUAUUCUGGUUGAUGAUGCUAUCAGUCCUGAAAACUCCCAGGCACUAAUUCUGUCCUUUAACGUCGAUCUCAAAGCAAAUCCGGACGGCGAAAAGCAGAUUAUGAUUGGUGGCAUUAGGAAUUUGCAGAUCAUAAACACUUAUUCUUUGGAUUUGAAACGUGAUCAAACUCCUUAUCAGGUAUUAAAACGCACGGAUAUUGAUGUCCAAUUAACAACGGAGCAAAAAACGAUGUCUGAAAAUUUUAUAAUACAUAUUGGACAGUUAUACCUGAAAAUAUCUCCUGCCAUAAUCCGUUUCCUAAGUACUGUUUCUUCGAAUUUUUUAUCAGCAGCUAAUGUUAAGGAUGAUUCGUUUACUGCGCCGAAGACAGUGCUUAAGAAGUACCCAAAUUACUGGGAGAAACGUAAAAUCGACAGGAGCAAGCACUGGUGGUUCAACGUGGUGGAGGAAAAACAAGAAGAUUUUGAAUAUGCAGUGGAUAUUGCUGCUUCUGUCAGCCAUGAACAGCAGGGAACUAUUACAAUGGAAUCACUUAUCGUCACUUUGGAAGUCGGUAUGGAAAGCAGGACAGUACCAAUGAUUUCAUAUUACAAUGAAACAUUUUGCGUAUGGGAGCCCAUAGUCGAACCAGUAGAAGUGGGCGACAACAUUUGGAAGAGCUGGAUUUUGAAAGUUGAGUUGCGAACUCAUAAUGAAGAUGAAUUGUUAACAAAUGGUGCUUUGCCAUUACCACAGAGAACAAUUAAUGUAAAAGCAUCAGAAUUGCUCAACAUAACAAUAACAAAAUCGCUGAUUUUAUUAUCUUAUUAUCUCAUGGAUUCUUUCGCGAGAGCUGCAAAACUGAUUUCACCACCUACGGGGCGAACUUUCCCAGGCAGUAGUAAAUAUUUGGUAUUCAAUAGUGCUGGCAUUUCCACCAAAAUUGGUAACACAGAGACAUUGAUUAUCAGCGUUGAUGGAGAACCGAUUGAUGCAACGCCGUGCAAGUUCGUUGAUUUAAGUGUUCCCGUCGAUCCCAAUGAAGAGAUAGGCCUCACACAAAGCCAGAUUGUAAAAAAAGCGGAACUCCUCCUCAUUUUUGAUGAAAUAGAUGCAGAAAGAUAUGUAAACAUAAUGAGAUCUGAAUCGAGAACCUUUGAACUGCCAAUGAAAAGUGAUAGUGGAAAACAAUGGAAAGUGGUUGUAGAAACAAAAGUGGAAAAUAUGCGACGACUUAUUUACCUUCAUUCUAUAGUGCAGUUUGUGAAUCACAUGGACAUACCAUUCGAAAUUUAUUCAAUGCAUGACGGGAGGCUUGAUUUCUGUGGUAUCGCAGAAACGGAUGGUGAACCACUUGAUAUUUCUUUACCGUUAUUGUAUACAGCUACUGGCGAAUUGUUUAUCAGACCUUCGCAAGAUGAUGCCUAUGAAAUGAGCAACGAAUCAGUUUGCUGGAAUAAGUUUGAAGACAAGGCACGAUACAUAGUACGAUGCGACUUAUCAGAAGACAUGAAGCAGGGCUUGUUCGUAGCUUUGAUUGUUGAAGAAGUGCCAUUGAAAGCAGAAAGAAGCAGAGAUUUUGACGAUAAUAGUUAUAUAAUGCACAUUUUCUCACCUCUCACUCUGCAUAACUUCUUACCUUUUCCUCUACAACUUACUUCUCCGACACAGAAGGAGUUAGCUGGUGGCGAAGAAGUCUCACUAAACGUCAUUCCAGGGCAGAAUUUUAAUUUUGAAGUGAAUUAUCGUGGAGACCUCUAUGUAGCAGAAAUACCUUUUCCUGUGGAACACCAGGAUUUAAUGGUCAUUACACUUACAUCCGGUAAGAAGAUUUUGAAUCUCGGCGUUCACUGGACAGUCGCUCAUCGUAAACUUGAUGCUGAAGUAUAUGCACCUUAUUGGUUCGUUAAUAAUACUGGAAGAACUGUUAGAUUUAAGGAAAGCAGUAAGAGUAUAAUUGAAAGAACUACAAAAUGUGUACCCUGUCAGAAAGGAAAAAUGGAAGACGAGUGUGACGACGCGAUAAUGCAAGAACCGUUGAGCGAGCCAGCUUUGCUCCCACUGGAUGCCGAGGAUUUUUUAUCCAAAAAAAAGGCAAGACUAUCAUUGUUCGGAAACUAUUGGACGAAUGAAUUUCCACUAGAUGCGGUUGGAAAUGCGGGACGUAUUGGUUGUAAGGAUGAAAGUAAUAGUGAGCAGAGUAUUUCAUUACAAAUAAGCAUGUGUCAGUCCGGUUUGACGAAGGUAAUCACCUUCUUGCCCUUCUAUUUGUUUCACAAUGAAAGCCGGUUUCCACUGGAAAUAAGAGAAUUUGGAGCUCAAAACUGGGUCCUAGUUACUUCUCAAACAUGUAUCGGUUUCUGGCCAUCACAAAAAGAAAAUCGGAAAUAUGCUGUUGUCAGAUACGGCGGUACAGCGGAAGAGUCAGUACUAUUUCCAAUCACUGAAAGUUUUGAAGGAUUCUGUCAGAUCGACAACGAUUACCUUGGUGUAUAUGUAACCGUCACAGUCUGCGAAUCAUCUUCGAUUACCAGACUUGAAUCGUUUGAACCAGGUAUGGCUCCCGCUAUUAUAAUGAAUGCAACGAAAAAAUCAGUUGAAUUUAAUCAGAAAGGUGCUCGAUCGAAGAAGAUAUUAGGUCCAUGGGAAAGCUGUGCAUUUACAUGGACAGACGUGAUUCGUGAUCGUGAAUUAGAAUGGAAAAGUGGUGAUGCUAGCCAUUCAGAUGAUUUAAUUCGGAAUACAUUCGAAGAUUACCGACCAUCUAAGGCAGACUCUACUCGUUAUUACUGGGUAUCAUUUUUGAAUGGACGUCAACGUGUUUAUCUGUUUACGGAUAAUCUGGCAGUAAUGACUACGGCGCACGAAGCUUACGAAAUCGAACUUCCUACACUGUCUGUCGAAAUAUCUCUGCAAGGUAUUGGCAUUUCGAUAGUGGAUAAUUUUAAAACUGAAGAAAUCGCAUAUAUGUGUAUCGCAUCAUCAGCUAUUAUUUGGGAGCAAUCCGUCAAAACUCGAUUCAAACCAUUCACAAUCAAACAGAUGGAAACAAUCGAGCACGCAUACCAGGCGUGGCUUCCAGAUCGCUCAGAAGAAACAGUGGUAUUGGACAAAUUAGAGUUUGACUUCAUGCAUAUGAAAUUAAAGAAACAAAAAGACUGGAUUGACAUCCGGCGACAAUUUCAAAUUGGAUUUUGGAUGCAGUAUAGGCAAACCCCUCACCAAUCGCAAUUUCAUAUGAAGGUGAAUCAUCUGCAGAUUGACAAUCAGUUACAAGCAUGCGUAUUUCCGUGCAUACUCUCAGUUGUAUCACCACCAAGAUCUGUUGUUCAAGACAAUGUGCCAAAAUCUUUCUCAGAAUUGAGCUAUAUAAGACGGAAAUCAGAACAUAGCAGGAUUGCUCAAAUAAAAUACCUUCAUCUUUUGGUGCAGGAGUUCUCAGUGCAGAUUGAUCAAGGCUUUGUGAACGCAAUGCUGGAAUUGAUAUCUUCUCAAGCUGAUAGUAAACCAUAUACGAAAGAAGCUUUUGUGAAAGACUUUGAAAUGACGAAAAAUCAGUUAGAGGUAAUUGCCGGAAUGACGACGGCUUCUCAACAAGCAGCAUAUUAUGAAAACUUGCAUAUUUCUCCGCUAAUGAUACAUUUAUCAUUUUCACAAAGUGGUAGUUCUGGUGGAAAGCAACUGAAGAAUAAAGCAUUCAAGUCAAAAGAAGCCGUUCAACUUCCAAUGCAAUCCGAAUUUAUCAAUGUUUUCUUGAAGAGUAUUGGUGUAACAGUGACGGAAAUUCAGGAUGUGGUUUUUAAACUGGCGUUCUUCGAGCGAAAAUGUGCUUUCUACACAACCUCUCAGUUGCAAGGUGAAAUAAUAAGACACUACACGUCGCAAAUUAUCAAGCAGCUUUAUGUACUUGUUCUUGGCCUUGAUAUCCUGGGAAAUCCGUUUGGUCUUGUUCGCGAUCUUUCAUCUGGAGUACAGGACUUCUUUUAUCAACCGUUCCAGGGAGCUGUUCAAGGACCUGAAGAGUUCGCUGAAGGAGUCGCUCUGGGUGUUAAAGGUCUCGUUGGUGCAACAGUUGGCGGUGGAGCGGGAGCAGUCUCGAGAAUCGCUGGUACUCUAGGGAAGGGUGUAGCUGCAUUAACUCUUGAUGAAGAAUAUCAGCGUAAGCGGCAGCAGAUGAUGAACCGUCGUCCGAAGACGUUCGGUGAGGGUGUGGCUCGCGGUGCUAAAAGUGUCGGGCAAGGUUUUUAUGAUGGCAUCGCUGGUGUUCUCGUUAAACCGCUUGAAGGUGCUCGCACUGGAGGAGCUGGCGGUUUUGCAAAAGGACUUAGUCUCGGUUUGGUCGGCAUGGUUACACGCCCUUUAUCUGGAGCUGUUGAUUUUGCUAGUAGUACUUUAGAUGCUGUGAGAUUUGCGACAGUUGGAAUUGAUGAAAGGAAGCCAUUACGCCCAUCGCGAGUUAUAUUUUCGGACAACAUCGUACGACCAUACUGUCAAAAAAUGGCUAUAGGAGCUCAAAUAUUUCGUGAAGCUGAUAAUGGUUCCGUGGCCGACACUGAUUAUUUCUUGGCGCAUGCACCAAUUUCUGAGAGGAGCCUGUUUAUUAUCACAGAUAGGCGUGCAAUGAAUGUGAAAAAGAGUGAUAUGGUUGGUUCCUGGAAUAUUGAAUGGCAAGUUUUAUACACGGAAAUGAAUCGACCAACACUUUCGGGCAAAACGAUUCUGAUUAAUUUACGAAAGAAGCAAAAGGGUUUCCUUAGAUUAAACACGUUAGGUGGAAGAGUGGUUGAAUUAACAGAAGAGUCAUCUGCAACUGAAAUAUACAAUAAAUUAUUAGCAGCUUAUGAAAUUGAAGUUGGUGCCGGUUAA